CUCGGCAUGCUAGCCCACUACCCCUUAUUCCCGUCCAAAACUCCAACAACCACGUUCUUCCAUUACCUGAUCAAUCACUGUCUUACCCAUUUACUCGACCAGUCGUUCGUCAUCAGUGUAUGAGCUGAAGUACGAUAAGCCCCUUCAAGGAAGGUUUGAUAUCCAUGUCGGUGGACGAGCAUCGUCCGAAAAAACUCCUACGAGCAAGUAGAGCCUGUGAUUUCUGCCACAAGCGUAGCAUCAGAUGUCGCCCCAGUGCAACCGGCUCCCAAAGCUGCCAGAACUGCUAUGACUUCGACGUGGCCUGCACCUACAACCGCCCGCUGAGGCGCGGACGCGCAGCUGGCCACCUCCUCUCCAGUGAACCUGGAUCAUCUCUAGCUGUUGAUAUCGAAUCUCGGGAUCAACAGCAACACCAAGAUCAGAAUCAUGACGAGCCUCAGCAACUGAGUUUAGCAUUGCCACAACCUGUCGUGCAGCCAGCCGGUGCAGCGACUAUAGUAGGUGCGUCCAGGAGCAACGCGAUCUCAUCAUCAAGGAAGACAAAUAGUGGGUUCGCGACAUUCAGGGGGCAGAACCUGGUUGGUAGAGGCGAAGACUUAUCCGUGGAGUGGCCAGAGACGGCGUGGAGAGCGUUCGCUGCUGCGAGCGCAGGAACGAUUGAGUAUCUGGUUGAUGUGUACUUCCGGGUCGUUUAUCCAAUAUUUCCGCUCUUCCAUCAACCUACGUUGCUAAAGAAGGUACGCGACCAAGACUACCUGAAGGACCAUGGCUUUUUCACCUCACUUAUGGCAGUGUGUGCUUUGGCGUCAGCUCGAGGGAGAGAUGGUGCGUUGUUCGAGUCGAACAAGAACGCUUCAUACAUGGAAACUGUUUCGUCUGAGACAUUCUUCAAAGCAGUGAAAGAUCAUUUGCCUAAAGACCUUACAGCAGCUCGGGAGCUUGAUUAUAUGCGGGCCUGCGCGCUGUUGUCAAUUACCAGUAUUCAAUAUGGGGAUAUUGAAGCCAUGCAGCUAUACUUAGGACAUUAUUUCACCCUGGUUGGAAUUCAUAAGUUCCAUGAUGAGGCGUAUUGGCCGAAGAACAUAACGAACAUUGGAGUCGAGGAAAGGCGACGCCUGUAUUGGUCAACCUACACCCUUGACGUUUUCAUCUCCAUCGUAUGGAACGGCAGCGUCCACGCUUACGGGGCUAACGCUCGAGUUCACUACCCGACCGAAGUCGAAGACGAACUCAUUACACCCCUCGCCACAUUGCCAUCCCCAAAACCCACCAUCUCGUGGCUGCGCGGCUGGAAUUUUACGACCGACCUUUAUCUCACGCUGGAGCAUGCCUACAGUCAGCUACGCAAACCCGCCGCCCUCAUCGACAAUCGCAUUGACGUCGCCACCAUUUUCGGUUUACCUACGUUGCUGUCCUCCCAUUCCUCCACCGCCGUGCUAGCGUCUAUAACCGAGCGUUACCACGACCUGCCGUCCAAUUUCAAGAUAUUUGCACCACCUACAGGAAAUCCUCUUCGCGACAUCUUUGGCUUCCAGGCUGCGAACAUCCAGGCGACAUUGUUGUUGUUGCGUAUGCUCUUUCUCAGCAUUGACGAUGACCGUCGGCAACCCCCGGACGUGCAGCUCAAAUGCAACGUUGCGGCGGAGCUCCUUGCUGUUUUCCAGACUAUUCCCACCGCUUACCUUCGCGGCAUUAGCACUCCUCUCAUCUAUCACCUCGCAGGGAUAGGCACAAUCCUCGGCUCUGUCAUGGAAGCCCCGCUCUCUGAGGCUGCAUAUCACAGGGUCAGGAGCAUGUUGCUGUCUAUUGCAGAUUUGCUCGAGAGCCUCGAAAGCGGAUUGUCUCGUGCGACGGACAUUAGUAAGGGCCUGCGCGCACAGGUAGAGCGUAUAGACGAAUAUAUGCGUGCUCAAUGCUGGCCAGUGGCGAGAUCUUACAUGCCGCUGCAAUCAAAUCAUGGUUCGUCUUUGGACUCCCUAGUUCAGCAGCAGCAACCAGAUUUAGACAGAAAUGCGGGCAUAGAUACAGGUCGAGCUGGUAGCCACGAAGGUGGCGCGCAAUCAACGGAAGUGGAAGAAGGAGGUAGGGUGGCUGAAGGCGAGUUCCUACACGGUUGGAUGGGCGAGUUCCAGCUCCCAUCUGAGCUACUCGAGGACUGGCCAUUCAAUUUACAGCCAGAGAGCUGGUCAUUCUUAGGGUUAGAGUAG